AUGAAUCUCUAUCACAUGCCCGUCGAGAUCAUGUUAUUCAUGGCCGACUAUCUUGACCCAGACGACAUCUUUCAUCUCAGUUUGACUUGCAAGGGACUCAAGUAUCUCAUUCACGAUCGCCAUAUUUGCCGCCAUAUACUUCUUAAGUAUGCGCCGUAUUCACCAGAGGCUCUUCGGGCCAGCGGAGCUAAGGAGGUCGACCGCUAUAUUUACACGAAUGGCGUCCUAUGCUACACGACAGAAUGUUCCAAACUGAGGGUAUGUGAUAUACGGAAUUCAUCCGACUAUGAGUCCGUCAUAGAUGUACCGGCUAUGCUCCGGUCAGUCCCCCGGGAAGUUAUCAAUCUGGACAGCUUCACAUUUUACCCAGCUUACUAUGCUCAUGGGAUGCUAUCCUGCAUCUACUGGAGCAAGCUGACCGGCACUACCGUUUUGAUUGUUCUGGAUCCGCGGCAUUCAAAAUUCAUUGUUACCCGCACAGUCGAAGGCCACCCCAAAGUAGCGGUGAGGAACACCGACAAGUUCCUAUUCUUCUGCCUCAGUUUGCCCAGCGGCAAUAGGCAUGAUCGCCGGUGGCGUAUCUAUCAGUUCGACAUUGAAAAGAAGAAGUGGUUUCCAGAAGUGGUUCUCGAGGACUUUGAUGGGAGAGAAAUCGGCGGAGACAUCUGCUUCGAGGUGAUCGACGGCUAUUUUUACGCUAUUUCGGAUCAUGUGGCCCAUUGUGUGCGCAACGAUGACCCAACCGUUCUCGACCCUCAUCACGUCUUACGCAUGCCCAUCAGUUCCUUGGGUCUUGGCCCAAUAGAAGCCGCACUCCCUAGAAGAGACUGGAAGCGAGAUUACUCGUCCGAUUUAGCCGAUUUCCGAUGGAAUUCCAUGCAGCUGGAGAAGGAUGAACGUGAGGGCGAAUUGACAGUAUUUCAGGUGCGCCGCGAGUUCCUCGCUGAAGGCUACCACAACCGCCGAACCUGCUACAAGAAGCGACUAGGGUUUCCCCGGCCCUCCCGGCUCACAGCGUCUGACCCCGAAAAUGCCGGUGGGCAGCAGGACGGCGGUCCGCCGCCCGUCGACCCUUUGGACGACGAAAUGGACGAACUAGCUAUCACUAGAGAGCGAAGCGCGGAAGAAGUGACCGAUCUCAUCCUAGACAGUCACUCCUAUCAACCAGAGGCUCAAACAGCCGGCAUCAAGUCGCAUCUCUUCGUCAUGCCGCAGUCUAGUGAGCGUUUGAAUUCACGAAACCCGUGGUGCGCCGUCCCCUCUACCGUGCACCACGGUGACAAUGCCACCACCAGCCCCCAAUUUCCGUACCACCAGUGUUUUGUACGCUCGUAUUUUCCUUCCUGCGAUAGCUUCGUUGACAUGGUCAACCCCGUUAUCGACACGCCGCGCACGACACAGAAGCUAAGACUGAGGAUCAUGACACGAAACGGCUGGCCUUGUCCUGCGACAGGCCGUAAUCCCAAUGGUCCACCCGCAGAAGUUAACCAGACACUGUUUUGGCCUCCAGAACUAGACAAUGGAUGGGAAAUUGCGGAUGGGGAUGCAUGUUUAUUUGUCGGGGAAAGUGCGCUAGAGACAUUACACCGCAUCCUCAACCCCCGUUUAUAUUCGGGAGAGGUCGAGGCGGUGGUCGACUACGGCUCCCUCAUCUACGCCGUCCCUAAACCGCUUGCUGGCUAUGAUAAAUACCCCCGAAAGACCCUCAUCUAUAUUGGCUUCGACCCUUCCGUCAACUUGCACAGCCUCCACUCCUUCCACGAGUCGUCUGCAGAGAGGGAAGAGGAGAGCGAAGAGGAGAGCGAAGAGGAGAGGGAAGAAGACAAGCUAGAGAAGCCAGAGAAGCGGUUUUCAGAAGUUGACCGCGCUCGGUCUCCACUACCCGAGAAGCCGAUGUAUUCUACGCGGAUCAGCAACUGGUUAUAUUUGCAGGUGACGUUGUCGCAUCAACAUCGAAUGGGUUUUCAUUUUCACCCCUAA